GCAUAAACUGUUUGUUGCCCAAAGCAUUACCUGGAAGGAAAAAGAAUAGUGGUAGUCAAACACAUUCACAAAUAAAGAAACAAAAACCACUACAAGAUCAGAAAGAACACAAGACUAAAAAAAAAGAAAGCAAUGAUUCAGAAGACAAGCAAUAA